AUGGCGAUGGCAACGAGUGACUUUGAACCGUGGCUAAGUGAGAAAUUAAGAUCGUUAAAAACUGACGAAGGUGUUUUCUGUUCAUAUAUCUCGGGGAUUUUAGAGAGCGAAGAAAGUGUAGAUGAAAAAAAAGAUGCUUUAGAAGGCAUACUAUCGGAGAUUGUUGAAAAGGAUAUAACAAUCCACGUAGAGGAAAUUAUUGAAAAAUGGGAUUCAUGCAGGCCAAAAGAAGAGGCACCAAAGCCCGUUGCAGAUGUAGAUGUUCAAUUAGCCAAGUUAAUGGAAUCACAAGCACCAACGACUACAACAAGACGAGAAUACACCGAUGAAGAAAAGAAAAUUCGCGAAGCAAUAUUAUCCCAGUAUAGUCAACUGUCUGACAACGAGAAUGAUGAGGUUAACGAAGAAGAGCCAGAAAAUCAUGAUCUAGUUAAAAAUACAAAUGCUGCAGAUGUUCACGCAGCAGCUAGAGAGCGCAGAGAACAAGCCCGAUUGGAUGCUCAGAAAAAAAAAGAAAAGGACAAAGAGGAUAGAGAAAAGCAAAAGCAACUAAAAGAAGAGAAAAAGGAGAAACGUAAGACACAAAAAGGAGAAAGGAAGAGGUAG